AUGGCUUCCACCGGAAUCAUCCCUACCCGCUCCUUCGGGAAGAGCAAAGAACAAGUAGGUUGCAUCGGUUUUGGAGCAAUGGGUUUGGCCGCAUUUUAUGGAGAGCCUGCCGAUCAACUAACAGUUGAUGAGCUAUUGACACAAUGUCUUAGUCGAGGCGUGACGAUGAUUGAUACGGCAGAUAUGUAUUCACCUUGGGAAACGGGAAAGUUGGGCUACAAUGAAGAACAAAUUGGACGAUUCUUGAAAAAAUACCCUGACCAGCGAAAGAAGAUGUUUUUGGCUACAAAAUUCGUUAACUACUUUACUCCAGAUGGCGGAAUGAAACAAAGAGGUGAUCGUGAAUAUGCAUUUUCUGCAUGCAAUGAUUCCCUGAAGCGAUUAGGUGUUGAACAAAUCGAUCUGUAUUAUGCUCAUCGAUCUGUACCUGGCACAGAUGUGACAAUCACUGUUGGAGCAAUGAAAGAGUUACAAGAACAAGGCAAGAUCAGGUACAUCGGGGUAUCGGAAUAUAACCUAGAUCAACUUGAACGUGCAAACAAGGUUGCUCACAUUGAUGCAGUUCAGAUUGAAAUUUCACCUUGGACGCCGGAGGUACUUACGAAUGGUAUAUUAGACUGGUGCGAAAAGAAUGGAACGGCUGUGGUUGCCUAUAGCCCACUUGGAAGAGGAUUUUUGACAGGACAAUAUAAAUCACCAGAAGACUUCAGUAAAGAUGAUUUUCGUGCAAGCCAUCCUCGCUUCACAGGUGAGAAUUUCGCCAAGAAUCUAGAACUUGUUCGGGAUAUCGAAAAGAUUGCAAAACGGAAGGGUUGCCAAUCUGGUGAGAUUGCAUUGGCUUGGUGUUUAUCGAAGUCGCAGCUCAUCAUUCCAAUCCCAGGCACGAAGAAGCUCAAGUACUUGAACGAGAACAUCAAUGCUGCCAACAUUCAUUUGAAAGUAGAAGACGUCAAAGAGAUCGACAGCAUCAUCAACUCUUUCAAAGUGAGUGGAGAAAGAUAUGCUAAUCCUCAAUCGCUAGCAUUUUAA